AUGAGCGAGACCCACGGCCAGGCCUUCCAUCGCGCCGGCUUCUCGCCGCCGGCCCACGCCGGCUCCUUUAGCGCCAUGAUGGCGGCGCAGCAGGGCGGCCAGAUCCUCUCCAACGGCACCGCCAUCCACUCGGCCGGCUCCCCUCCCACGUCUUUUUCGCCGCCCCGCGCCCGCGCCGCCUCGGCAUCGGCGCCCCUCUCGAUGCCAAAGGUCCUCACCCCCUUUGACACGGGCGACAUCCGCGUCCUCCUCCUCGAAAACGUCAGCCAGGGCGCUGUAAAGAUGCUCAAGGAGCAGGGCUACCAGGUCGACUUCCACACAAAGGCCUGGAGCGAGGACGAGCUGGUCGAGAAAAUCGGAAACUACCACGCCAUCGGUAUCCGCUCAAAGACCAAGCUCACACAGAGAGUCUUCCGCGCCGCUCACAAGCUGCUCGUCGUCGGAUGCUUCUGCAUCGGCACCAACCAGGUCGACCUGCCCGCCGCGGCCAAGGCAGGCAUCGCCGUCUUCAACUCGCCGUUUGCCAACUCGCGCUCGGUGGCCGAGCUCGUCAUUGGCGAGAUGAUUUCGCUCUCGAGGCAGCUGGCCGACCGCGUCAACGAGAUGCGCGCCGGCACGUGGAACAAGGUGUCCAAGGGGUGCUACGAGAUCCGCGGCAAGACGCUCGGCAUCGUCGGCUACGGCCACAUUGGCUCGCAGCUGUCGGUGCUCGCCGAGGCCAUGGGCAUGCGCGUCGUCUACUACGACGUCGUCCCGCUGAUGCCGCUCGGAAGCGCGCAGCAGAUUGCCAGCCUCGAGGAGCUGAUGGGCAUGUCGGACUUUGUGUCGCUCCACGUCCCCGAGCUGCCCGAGACCAAGAACAUGAUCAGCACCAAGCAGAUCCAGGCCAUGAAAAAGGGCUCGUACCUGCUCAACAACGCGCGGGGCACCGUCGUCGACAUCCCGGCGCUGCUCGAGGGCCUCAAGUCGGGCCACGUUGCCGGCGCGGCGGUCGACGUGUUCCCCAAGGAGCCCGCGGCGUCGGGGCCGGGCACUUUCAGCAAGGAGCUCAACCCGUGGGCCGAGGAGCUGUGCCAGCAGGCCAACGUGAUGCUGACGCCGCACAUUGGCGGCUCGACCGAGGAGGCGCAGCGGAUGAUUGGCAUCGAGGUGGGCGAGGCGCUGACGCGGUACAUCAACUUUGGCGGCAGCGUGGGCGCCGUCAACUUCCCCGAGGUGGACCUGCGCGCCAUUACCGAGGCCGACUCGCGCGUGAUCCGGAUCUGCUACGUGCACCAGAACCAGCCGGGCUCGCUGCGUGCCGUCAACGACAUCCUUGGCUCGUUUAACGUCGACAAGCAGCACUCGGACAGCCGCAAGGACGUGGCGUACCUCAUGGCCGACAUUUCGGGCGUGUCCGAGUCGGACGUGCGCGAAAUCUACGACCGCAUCUCGAAAACGCCGGCCAACAUCCUUACCCGCCUGCUGACCUAG